ACGUGCCCGAAGGAAACUAUGGAAACGGUUGCAUCUGCGAGGUGCGCGUGUGCAGUGCAACUUUACGCAGGCACGCGCUCGAGCGCUAAACCACCUCCCGCCGUCCUCUUUAAUUCCAGGUUCACCGCGCAUUCCCACACAGCCGUCUGCGCGCGUCGUCCUGACGGCGUGGCUGCUGGCCGUGCUGGUGAUCGCCAACUCCUUCGCGGGACAUCUCAAGUCCAGCAUGUCCAUCAAGAACGAGCCGGCGCAAGUGGACAGCGUCCACGACGUGGUAUCUCAGCGCGGCCUCAGGCCCAUCGUCUGGAAAGGAUCACAUUACGAGGCUUUCCUAUCGACUGCCCGCUCCCCGGUGCUGAGUUCGCUGUGGCGCAUGGUGGCGCGCACCAACGGCUCCCAGGUGGGGCGCGACAUGUUCCGCGACGAGCACAUGCGCCAGGUGGUGGAGCGGCGCGCCGUGCUCAUGGUGGACCACAUCUCGCUGCAGUGGCGCACGGCCGCCUACUGCCGCCGCACCCUGGUGCCCAGCUUCCACUUCGCACGCGAGCACGUCGACGAGAACCCGCUCUCCUUCCUCAUGUCGCGCACCAUGCGCAGGGACCUGCACCGGCGCAUUUACUCGAGGAUUACGUGGAUGUACGAAAGCGGCCUGGUGAGCAAAUGGAUGGCCGACAGCCUGGGCGACUGGCAACGCUGCGUGCGGCAGGCGGGAGGCCACGCCGCGUCCGAGCUCAGCUUCACCGACACCCUGGCCAGCUUCGUGCUCUGGGCGCUGGUCGUGGCGGCUGCCGCGGUGGCCUUCCUGGUGGAGGUGCUGCACCCGCACUCUUACGCUCAGCGCCCGCAGAAGCAGCUGCCCGGGGCCGCCAGGGCGACCCUUGCCGAGCUGAGAAGGUCGCGCAUUCCGCGCUCUAAACUACCCGCGAGGCGACUGACUUCUGCCAAGCAGUGACGAGCCCAUAAGUCUGUGCUCCCUCGCUGAACGCGUGGGUGGGCUGGGGGUAGACGGAGGUGGGCGUGCCGCGUAAACGCAGCGCGGCCUCAUCAUUUCUAUAUCACCGCGUUUACAUACGAGCGCAUACGAGUGAUCGCACCACACGAAUCAACGCCGCAUUCACAAAAAACCCUCACGCUAGAAUAUUGCGCAAGAUAAAAGUUCUGCCAAUCUUGAUGCUGGAGAUAUUAUUAGCCAAAGCUUCCGGACAGUGGCGAAGACCGCUCAGGAACGAGAAGCUUUGUCAAUUCGGCCCCAGAAGACUAGCAUGGCAUCAGCAGAAUCAUAGCUAGUCGGUGUGCCAUACUUAAGGAAUAAUGAACGGCGCUAAACAGACGCGGGUGGAGGAUAGCGUCUCCCGUCCUGUUUCUCCGUCUGUCUCGCGCCGUUUAUUUUUACUAAAGUGUAGCGCACCGUUGAUACAGACCGACAGAUCAGAAUACGUGUGACCGACAGCUCUAUUAUAUACAUUUCUUACGCUAUUUAAUUCAACCGUGACAGCUGCUCUUAUAUACCUAGAUACAAUAUUUCAUAGUCAUUCCAUGGCGAAUUACAGAUCAACGUUAUCCUCCAUGUCGAGAGUGCAGCAUACGUAGUUUUCUCCCAUCCCUCCUACGACCUCGGUAGUAUGCUGGGACCCGGAGCUAAACUGCUUCCAUGGCCAUACACGUAAUCUAAGAGAAAUUUAACCGUCUGUGGCAUACUGCAUACAAAGCUAGCUUCUACUAACUUAUUGUUUUGAAUGUAGCGCGUGCUUCCCACGAGCAGAAGCAAAUGAUCCGUACUCGUUCAUGCAAGCAUACAUUCAACGUGACUCCUGUGAAGAGCGUUUUUUGUAUCUUAAUGAUAUUUCACUGACGUAAUUGACGAGUGGCAUACUGUAUACAAAGCUAGCUUCGACUAACUUAUUGUUUUGACUUUAGCGCGUCGUUCCCACCAGCAAAGGCAAAUUAUCCUUACCCGUUCAUGCAGGCAUACAUACAACGUGACUCGUGUGAAGAGCGUUCUUUGUAACUGAAUGAUAUCUCAAUGACGUAAUUGACGUUUACUCGUAAAUUUUCUGUUGAACAAGAACUGUCGUGUUAUGCUAUACACAAAGCUACUCUGCACAUUACUGACCAUUGCGGUGUACAAGAUACA